CGGCCUGGAGGCCGAAUGGGCGGGCUGUAUCGCGUGAGCGAGGGAAGGCGCGCGGCCCCUCUUUUCCUUGCGCGGGCGCGCGUUGAUGAUCGAAGAAGGCGAAGCCGUAGGAACGGGCAGGGAGGCUGAUGGCUACGACGGCACGUUGGGAGGUGGUGCGGAAGCCCUCCCGCAGGGGGGCCACCGGGGGCAGCGGCGGCUCUGUAGGGCGAAAGGCACUGGGAGACGCCAACGGAGGACGCGGUCUGGCCCCGCCCAUUCCUUUUACUACUUCAGAAACUCUCUUUGAGCUUGGCUUUGAGAAAUCAACAAAGAAGCAGAAUAAAGAACAGGUGCCUCCGCCACCUGGACGCCAGCAGCAGAAAAAGCAAAAUCCUGGAAAAAAUGCUAAGAAAGGGACAGCUGGAGACAGCGGACAGAACAAGCAAAUCAAAUGCCGGACUCUGGAGGAUGCACUGAAAGCGCUUGAUUUAUCAGAACUCCAGAGAGAGCUUGAUAAAAGCUUGAACCUGUUCCCAGAAAACCCUUCUGUGUGGGUCAAAGAUCUAGCUGGAUAUUUGAACUACAAGUUGCAGGCCAUGAAGAGCGAGCCCACCCUCAGUCAGCACCCUCAUGACUAUCCCUACUGUCUAGUGAACAAAGAACUACGAGGCAUCAUCAAGUCCCUGCUGUUGAAAGCUGGGGGUGUCCUGGAGCUUUUCUUUGACCACUGUAUUUACACAAUGUUGCAAGAGCUGGAUAAGACUCCUGGGGAGUCACUGCACAGCUAUAGGAUCUGCAUACAGGCUGUAUUACUGGACAAGCCUAAAGUUGCUACAGCAAACUUGAGCAAGUAUCUUGAGCUGUUGAGAUCCCAUCAGAAUCGGCCAGCCAAAUGUCUGACCAUUAUGUGGGCCUUGGGGCAAGCUGGUUUUGCUGAUCUUACAGAAGGGCUUAAAGUGUGGCUUGGCAUCAUGCUCCCGGUUCUGGGCAUCAAAUCUCUCUCUCCAUAUGCCAUCAGUUACUUGGAUCGGCUGCUGAUGAUGCAUCCCAAUUUGACAAAAGGAUUUGGCAUGAUAGGGCCCAAGGACUUCUUCCCUCUUUUGGAUUUUGCAUUCAUGCCCAACAACUCUUUAUCCUCCAGCCUGCAGGAGCAGCUUCGGCAAUUGUAUCCCCGCCUGAAAGUGCUGGCCUUUGGCGCUAAUCCUGAGACUUCCCUGCACACUUACUUCCCUUCCUUCCUCUCCAGGACCAUGCCCAGCUGCCCCAGCGACAUGAAGGAAGAGCUCCUGAACUGUUUGACCAAGUGCCUCAGCCUUGAUCCUCUCAGUUUCAGUGUAUGGAGGCAGUUAUACAUCAAACACCUCCCACAGUCAAGCCUCCUCCUGAAUCACUUCUUGGAGACCUGGAACAACACUACCAAAAGGGUGCGAAAAUCUUUACAGGAAACAGUUCAUUCAUUCAGUGUCACAAAUGAAGAGCUGGCUGUGAAAGGACCAAACAGCGUUCAGGAUGUAGCAGCUUGUAGAGCUGCCUGCAAGAACCUGCUGCUGAAGAUGAAAGCCAGCGGGUUUCCUUGGCCACGGCUGCUUUUAGUCCUCCUUGUAUUUACUGCUGGAUUUCUAAUGCAUGAUAUCAAGACUCAUGGCUCCUUCCAAGCUUCUGCCUCUGCACGUGCCCUUCGUUCUUCUGGCAUCCUGUCUGCAACUGAACAAGCCUGGAACAAAGUUUCCCAUUUCUCUAUAAAAGGAUACAGCUGGCUAGAAGCAAAUAUACCAGUCUACUACUCUCAAGUGGCGACUGUGCUUGGACCCAAUUUGGAGUUGGCCUGGGCCAAGACAAAUGAAACUGCUACCUAUAUCUCUGGGAAGUGUUCUGCUCACUUAGCCUGGCUCAGCAGCAACCUCCCCAGGUUCAGUGAAUGGCUUCAGACACAGCUGCCAGAUUCUGUGCUGCAUGGUGCUGAGUACCUCAAAGAAUUACUGCUGUUCCUCAUGCGAAACUACUUUCUGCCUGCUGUGGACUAUGUUGCUGCAUCACUGGACGGAGUCUGGAAAAUGUGGUUGGCUUCUUGCAAUGGUGAAGGGUCCUGGACCUGCCUGAAAAUGCAUCUGACCAGCCUCAUCCAAUCUUCUUGGACAUAUCUGCAGGAUACAACUGUGGCCAUUAAGGACUGGGCUCUUGCCAUCAUCUCUAGGCACUAGCAGUGAUCCUAGGCUCAGAAGCUGGGUAUGAAGUUUAGGCCACUGCUGUCUGAUGGCAAAAGCAGGAUGUACCAAUUUGCUUAUUCUUUAAUCUGGCCAUCAAAACAAAGAACAACAGAACUUUGACUUGUUGCAGAAACUCAGAGCUACCCAGACUAGAUGUCUCCAAGCUCCCCAUCUACUGUGCUGUCAGGCUUGUUCUCAGCUGAGGCCCUCCCAGGCAGCUGUUGGCAGGCUGUCUCCUUCAUAUGACUGCCCCAAGCUUCAAUGGUAAUGACAGCUUUUAAGAGAGCAAUGCAUAUCCCUGCAAUUAUUUUUUUGCAAAUGGAAAAGUACCUCCUCUUUCAGUAAUAUUAUCCAAAAUAAAUUGGUUGCUGGGUUAGUGACUUCCUUUCCUAUCACUUUAUGCAUGGAGCUCUUCUUUUAUUCUUACCUUUUGUCACAAAUGUGCUCCUAAAGUUUUGAGCCAAUCCUACAGUCUGGUGCUCAUAUUGAAUGCUACCUUAUUGGUUUCCUUUUCUCAUCUUUAUUGUAUCUGAGAUACUUCUUGUACAUUUCCCAAGGUUGUGCUAUUACCAUUCCUCAGAGUGGUUGAUACAAUAAUUUCUUUAUACUGAAAGUAAAGGGUUUUGGCCUUUCCUCAAAAAUGCUUUUGCCUUACUGUAUUGUGGAGCAGAAAAUGCAAAGUUGGGUAGGGUACUUUACUUUGGAACACAGCCCUGUUGCAUGUGGGGGUAUUAGGACCUUUCUUCUGUUGGGAGCCACAUACCCUUGAGAAUAAAUUGUAGCAGUCUGGAAUGGAUGAAACUUAAGCAGUAGUAGGCCUAGAGAUGAACAUGGGUGGGCCACUCGUUAUCUUCUGACACUUAACUUCUGGCUUUGUGUCUCUUAUCUCCAUUCCCAAACAGGACAGAUUACUCUUAUGAGAAAUCUGAAUCUGAUACAGGAAAUCAUUUAGCAGAAUUCUGAGAUGCACACAGGCUGAGGGCCAGAUGUUCCCCACCUCCUAGUCUGGGUUUAAACUAAAAAGAAGGGAUGGAUAAGUUACGUCAGGAGACAAGUGGCAUUUUCUUAUGCUCACUCCUUCCCUAGAUGCUUUGUUUUGCUGUAGUCUCUUCAACUGAAUCAGUGGCUUGUAAAUGCCAUUUUGGCUGUGAGUUAUGACCUAUAUACCCUACUUUGCCCUAAAUAUCUUGAAGAGCCAAAGGCUGUCUUUCAGCUAAGAGCUUUGAUGUAUGUGUAUGUUAAAGUAUGCAGUGGGGAAAUAAUAGGUUGGAGAUUGGUUCUUCUUUUUGGCCUGCCCCUCCUAUCCACCAGUUGGUAUCUCAGCCUUUCCUGAACUGGUAUCCUCUGAAUGUACUGGUAUACACUUCCCAUUGUCUAGAGCAGAAGCACACAUCUUUUUUGGAUCAAGGGCUACACUUGACCCUUGAAUGGUAUGCCAAAAAAUAUGCCAGUCUAGGACAAAGAAGCGAUGCCAUCAAGACAGAGAGUUGGUUUCAUUUAAUUUAGCUAUAUUUAAUAUAACUGCUCUUCAUAUAUUUAAUAACUUCAUUAUUUUGGAUGUGUUUGGGGGACUACAAUACCCAAUGUUUCUGAGACCCACAAAUGGAUUUGGUUGUACAUUUCUAGUCUAAAUAUGUGGAUUGGAGCUGUAGUCAAAUAUAUCUGGGAUGCACAGAGAAAGCUGGUUGUGCUUUCAUAAUUCAGUUGUAAAAGUGAGUCAGCUGUAAAAGUGAGUUCUAUGCAGCACAUCUCUCCCUUUAGCUCAGCAGGCUUAUAAUGGUGGACUCAGUCAUGACAAUUGUGUGAGGCUCUUGUCAUGUACAAUAAAGGAAAGUAUAUUUGGUUACAUUACUUGCUUUCAUGUCUGUCUUUGCCAUCUGGCCCUUUCAAAAUUUCUUGCCUAGCAAGACACUUUUUCCUUCCUCUCCUUAAGUUCUCUCUCUUCUCGAUCUGCCUUGUUCUGCCUCCAUGAAUGUCAAAUCAAAUAAAAAAUAUUACAGCCAAAGGUCAGCAAAAGAAAAACAAUUGCAAACAAACUUGCAAAAAGAUGGAUGAUGAUAUAUUAAUAUGUAUUAAUAUAGGAGGAACAUAAUCUUCAGGAUGUAUCACCUGGUACAUUCUUGAAGUUAGGUAACAACUUGGCAGUAUAAAUGAUCUGAAAGUUCUUUGCAGCUAAUAGGAAGUCUAUAUUAUUUAUUAAGAUUUCUGACUGCCCUGGCAUUCUUAUUAAGAAAGGAUAAAUUUUGGUGUAAGGCCAGAUAAAAGCUAC